AUGAAGCAUCAGACCGAAAUCUCUGAAAAGGGUGUUCUUCUAGAAGUUCUCGAGCGCCUCAAGCGCCUAGAGGAGUAUUGUGGCUUGGAUACUUCGGCGGGAAAUCAUGAUAAUGAGAUCGAUUCCAUGUCUAUCUCUUCUGUCGAAUCAGAGGACACACGAAAUACAACCCUGCCAGAAACCCCGAACACAAUAGUCCCACCCGGGAUCCGCGAUAUCAUCAGUCGUAUCAAAGAUGAAGGCAGCCGAUCUAUGCUUCUCUCUAGUGUCUUAUGUCACCUGCAACAAAUUGAAUCGUGCUUUCUCGAAAAUGAACAGUUCCUUUGUGCCAUUGGUUCCGCCAUGUCGGAAACCCAGUUCAUGAAAGUUAUACAGCCUCAGCCUACGGAGCCACCAGAAGAACUGUCCAUUCCAAAAGACCUGGCACAACAGCUCAUAGACUAUUACUACAGCUUCUGCAAUUUCGAAGGCUUCAAGAUUCCUCUCGAAAAAUCUUUUUUAACUUCAAUUCCUGAUCUGCUCGAAAUACCGCAUGUUCAACUAGAUUGUACCUCCCAAAUCAUCUAUUACACCAUUCUUCUUCAAGGCAUCGUCACAAAGCCAGAGGCACUCCCAAGAAGAGGCACCCUGAUUCAUAUUCUGUACCGGAAAUGCGUGACUCUCAGCGAAGACUGGCUGAAAAAUGUCAAAGACACCCCCGCCGACUUCUUCGCAGCAAUAACGCUGAUGUCAUUGUCCCUCGAAUGCUGCAAUAUCGAUCUAUCCUGGAAAGCCCUCGCCCAAGCAUGCAGGAUAUCCAAAGCCCUAGGAUAUUUCUCCGUAGAUGAGACACCCUCCGGAGAUAACGAACUUUCCACAGAGCCGGAAUCUCUCCCACACCAGGUGGAAGUAGAGCGGAAUCGAAAACGGUUCGAAUUCUGGCACAUUUUGCGAACGGAUUGUCUUUUUCGCAUGUGUUUCGGAAAACCAACCCUCAUCCCGGUUGGAUCGUGGAAAGUCAAUUUCCCCGACCCAACGAUCAACGGCAUCGACCAUGCCUCAUCCCGCUUCAUUCAGAUUCAUUUCAUUGCGUCAAUGCGAUUGACGCUCAUUGUGAUGAAAUACCUUGAUUGGGUUGACAGAGGGAAAGAUCCUGAUCCAGUCUCCCAUGAUGCUACAAUUGACAGUUUUAUCGAUGAGGUUCAGCUAAUAUUAUUGGAUUGGGAUGCGGAGGGCCUUCUUCAAAUGGCUACAAAUCACCUGGAUAUAUGGUUCUGCGUCGACGUACUAUUCAGCACUUACAAAAUGCUCAUCGUCCUCUAUCAAUCGAAAGAAUGCAACCGGAGUCACAUCCUACCAUCCCAAGCUGUGGAGAUAUCCAGAAAAUCUGUGAAAAUCUUCCAAUCUCUCCUUGCACCCUCGGCGCAUGCAUUUUGGGGCGUCAGUCUCGUAUUAUUCCACCAGUUGAUCCCCUUUUUUAUCCUUUGUUUGGAUAUCAUUGGAAAUCCUGACCACGCCAAUCUCGAGGAGGAUCUCGUAUCCAUAGGCUGGAUUAGCGAUCAUGUCGAGAUGGUCAUUGAGGAACGAGUCGAGCUUAAGCCAGUUAUGACCAUCAUUAAAUCUAUGGCUACGGCUUGCCAGCAAACGAAAACGGAUAGACUAGCGCGAGCGGUACAUGCUGGGGCAUAG